AUGCAGAAACCCUUUCGUCCCAAAGCGGCCAUCUCCACCUUUCCAAAUAGUGAAAGACAUUUUCGACUUUUGUUCUACACUGCCGUUGCCCUUCUAUGGGGUGCUAGUGUCUUGAAUGGAACUAUCAAGGCCCUCUUGGUAGCGGUAUGGAAUGGACGUCUGGAGGAUGGCACGUUGCUGAGAAGGGACUAUACCGGCUUUCCCCCAUUGGACUACCCACUGGCAGUCUUGGUAGCUUUUUUCUUCUCUGGAACCAACGGCCAGAAUGAGGCUUAUUCUCUCUUUCUCUUCGAUCUAUACAUAAAUCUGCAGCUUGGGUAUUUAUGGCUGUAUGUGGAGGCUGCACGGCCGGGCCAGAAGCCACGCUGGAUUCAGAGUCCUAUCUAUUUCGCGCUUCUUUGGCAAGCUUGCGGUGGCGCCGUAGCUUUCCCACUGUAUUUUGGCCUACACAUCCGGUGGGCCUCCCAGGAGAGGCCAGCACAGGUGGUGGACUUGCACAAAGCCCGAGCUCUGCCACUGGCGUUCAUACUAGGCGCUGCUGCUCCCAUGAUUGUCCUGAUGGCUCCGACGUGGCUUGGCCCGGAAGCCCGGUCUCCAGCAUCGCAGCAAAUGAUUGUUGCACUAUUUCAACCGUCCCCUGUUCUAUUCUCUUUACUGUUGACCUUGUUCACUCGAGCAUCGGAAUAUGUCGGCCGUGAUGGUCGGAACAUUGGUCCAGAUGGCCCCAGGGACAACAGAGUGGUGAGACGGUGGGUUCAAGGAUCAUACCUGGCUGCUACAGCAGUAUCGGUCAUUGGCCGCUUGUACGUACUCAUCAGAGUUUUCACUGCCGAGAAAGGUGACUCGGUGAACUUACUGCGCAUGUAUGUACCGCACCCCUUCAGCGGACCUGUUGGGACGACUGUGGUCCUUGCCGGAGGACCAUGGCUGUUCCUACAGUGGGACAGUAUCGUCAUCAGCCUGGCAAGUUCUUUUUGGGCCUUGGUACUUCUGGAAAAAGACGGAGUUGUGCGGGAAAGUAUAGCAAUCGUCGCACUAGUAUUAGCCGCGGGGAGUGUAGUGCUUGGACCUGGAGCAACUGCUACGAUGGCGUUAUAUCUUCGAGAAAGCCAUUUGCCUGAGAGGAUGAAGUGCACCUAG